AUGGCAGUAUCAAUGAGGCGUUCCAUCUUUGCAAUCCUCCUGGUUCUGGUCAUUGCAAGCGCGUGGCCGUUCGCUUCAGUACCUCGCACUACAAGUGGAGUGACCAAAAGAGAUGACGACAGUCCUGCAACGGGCUGUGGUCCAUACUGCGCGGCUUGCAAAGCCAACACAGGAUGUACGCCUGUCUCGAAGCGCAGUCUAUCCAAUUCAUGGGACUUCAGCUCCGAAUACACCCUGAACAACAAUGGUUCGACAGAUCGUGUUCUGCGGAAGCGAGUUCUCGAAGAAGUUGAUGCGGAUGAUAUUGGCCAGUAUUUGAACGACCGCGAAGAUGAGAAUGACGUUAUUGGUUUGGUGGAGAGAGUCGACGACAGCGAUUACAGUGUCACAAGGCUUGAGAAGUUCAGCGAUUGGCAAGACACCAAUGAGCCUUUGAUCAUGGGCACUGAAAAUGGAUUCUUGACUGGAUGUACAAUCUUGACUGUGGUGUCCUCGCAGGCCGUGUAUAUGGGCCACUUCUGGCAGAACUUGGGGUUCAAGAAUUUUAACAAAAAGGAUCCAGAACCAGCGGACUUUCAGGGAAACGUCGCCAACCUCAUCACCGGAACUGGUGAUCUGUUCUAA